UCGGCAGCGACCAGCAGGACGGAUGUCACGAAAAUUGCUAACAUUAUCUCGACAGAUCUCACGGCACCUGCUAGUGCUGGUUGCCGUGGUACUUUUAGUUUGCUUCUUGGGUUAUCUUAACAUCCGAAAGGAUGCCCCUGGUAAUAGUGCCUUGCUCCUGGUGCAGCAACAUUUAGCCAAACUCCGAACGGACCAAAACUCGGGAACAACCACAGCGACAAAAGCUGACAACAAAUGGACACCACCAGGAGAUCUCGGAUAUGCCGUAACUCUAGGCUCAACGGAAGAGUCGAUCGCUAAGAUGAUUAAACUGGGCUACGACAGUCAAGGUCUAAAUCAGUACAUUUCCGACCUGAUACCGGUGCGGCGAAGGUUGCCCGAUAUUCGGGACGCUUGGUGUAAGAAACCCGGAAGGUAUCUCGCAGAACUACCGGAAACAUCGAUUGUGAUUGUAUUUUACAACGAAGCUUGGUCGGUGCUUGUGCGAACGGUUCAUUCGAUUCUGGAUCGCUCGCCGGAGAAGUUGAUUAAGGAGAUCAUACUGGUGGAUGAUUUCUCCUACCUUCCUCACCUGAAAGUCCAACUGAAGGAAUAUUUUGUGCCCUACCCGAAAGUACGGAUCAUUCGAGCUGAAGAGAGGUUGGGAUUGAUGCGAGCCCGGCUUCUGGGAGCGCGCAGUGCAACCGCAGAAGUUCUCACCUUCCUGGAUGCCCACGUAGAGUGUAUUGAGGGAUGGCUGGAGGCUUUGCUGGAUCCGGUCGCCCGAAAUUGGAGCACCAUCGCGAUACCGACAAUCGACUGGAUCGAUGAGAACGAUAUGCAUUUACGGUCAGAGAAUGCACCAAGCUUCUACGGGGCUUACGAUUGGGAUCUAAACUUUGGCUGGUGGGGGCGGUGGUCUCGUAAAAAGAAACCGGAAAACAAGAUGGAACCGUUCGAAUCGCCAGCCAUGUCCGGGGGGCUGUUUUCCAUCACUAAACGGUUCUUCGAGCAUGUUGGUUGGUAUGACGAAGGCUUCGAGAUCUACGGGAUGGAAAACAUUGAGCUGUCGAUCAAGAGUUGGAUGUGCGGUGGCAGGAUGGUCACCGUGCCUUGCUCUCGGGUGGCCCACAUUCAGAAGACCGGUCAUCCGUACAUGCAGCAAACGUCGAAGGAUGUGGUACGCGCCAACUCGCUGCGGUUGGCGGAAGUGUGGAUGGACGAAUAUAAGCAUGUGAUUUUCGACAUCUACGGCAUUCCGAAAUAUCCAAUCGAGGAAGCGGGCGAGUUGUGCUCUAGAAGACAAAUCCGCAAGCAGGCAAACUGUAAAACCUUCCGAUACUAUGUGGAGAAUGCUUUUCCGGAGAUGCACAAUCCAAUGGUGGUGGGAGCUUUUCGGGGAGAGAUGAAAAACAAAGCAAUCGGAGACGGAAUGUGUUUGGAGUACAUGAAAGAGCAAAACCUGCUGCACAUGGCACUCUGUGAUCAUCAGGAGCGCAAUCAGUUUUGGACCCACAACUACUACCGGGAGCUGAACAGUAGGCGAAACUGCAUCGACUAUACCGGUAGUGGCAGUGUGGUGGUGUUUGGAUGCCAUAGGUCCCGUGGCAACCAGGAGUGGGAAAAUGUCAACGCGACCGGCCAGUUUCGAAGCGUUAAAUAUGGCAAAUGUUUGGCGGUUAACCUGGAAGAUUACAAAACCCUAACGAUGGAAGACUGCGACGACAAGCGGGACGCCCAGCUGUGGCUGGUCAAUCCGAUCAAGCUGGAUGUUUCCAUAUUCUCCAACCCGUGAGGCUUCCCCAGCAACAUAUUUUAUUACAUUUAAGUGUCAGUAAACAUUAUGCGACAUAUUAGAAAAAUCAUGGGCGGGCUCUGCAACAAACAUCAUUACUACUAUGUAACCUGAAAACCGCAAGUUUGAAGUAUAUAUGCAACCAGUCUAGUUGUUACUAAUAAUGUUUCUGUUCGACCAUUAGGUAACAUGAUAUCGAUCGCCGUGAUGCAUCUGUUUCAUCAAGAAACUUUUCUUGGUCAAAUUAAAGUUUCGAUUCAACAAAUUUCUCAGGCAUAUUUGUCUGGCUUCUACCCGCGAUAUAUUUCAAAAUUUCACCAGCAUGUCCUUGUCAUAUAAAUGUGAGUGGUUUUUCGUGCUUACCCGAGCAGGAGAGCAUAACAAAGUCAUAACUCGUCAAUAACAUAUUUAGCUAUGAGGACUCAUCGUGUUAUUCGAAAGAUAUUCACGUUUCAAACAUGCAUAUGAGAAUAUCAUAAAAUUUUGAUAUCAUUGUGAUUGUGAUAUUAUAAUGAUAUUUUCUCCUGCUCGGGUAUACAAGAUUUUGACAUGCAAAUUGAAACCCAUGGUGAAACUGAUGAUUUUGCUCACGUAAAAAGCACGCGCCCCGAGAAUGUUAGGGCAUUCAAUAACUCAAUUACUUUUAUUCACCAUUACACAUACUCGUUUAAAAUAUUUUCCAAUGCCGGAAAAAAAUCAUAUAUCUAAAAGUAGUGUAAAUAAUAGCAAAAAUUAUAGAUAUCCCUCUUUUAUUGUUGGAAGACAUUGUUGCAGGAUAUUUCUAUAUGAAGCAGAUUUUUUUUUCACUUGCUCAAAAUAAUCGCCAUUUUUAUCAUCUUACUCGAAUUUACACUGCCGGUUAAUAGAGUGACUCUAUCUUUCGUGGAACCAAACACACAUAUUUCACGGUGCUCCUACAGACCGUUAUUAUUAAAAAAAUAUACCAAAGAAUUUGAGUACACCAUUCGAUUCGUUAUGACGUCCAGAAUCUAUGGUCGAAAUUUCAAAAUCAUCGUACGGUACAUUUUUGAGA